GUUGCUGUAUAUGUGGAGCAGUAUAUGGGGAAGGGGAAGGGUUAAUCUGCAGCCGGGGGGGAAACCUGAUGCUAAUUAAGCCCGAGGAAUGCCACAGACCGACGUUGUAGUUGCGGCAGGAGCCCUCCGGAGUGCGGGCCAUGCGCGCGGGGAGGGCGGGAGCUGCGGCGCUGUGUUGAGAGGGAUUUGAUAUCACCAUGGUUUUACUCACACCGGUGCUGUUGCUGCUGCUGCUCUCCUGGGUGUCUCUGCGCAACAGCGCUGCCGCAGACUUUUGCCGCGGGACGCAGUGCCACGGCGGCGGCGGCGACCCGACGCCGUGCACCGGGGAGCACUGUCCGGGGGGCAGGUCCGCCUCCAGGCAGCCGCGGCACUUCCAGCCGACGACGCAGCAGCAGCAGCAGCAGCAGCAGGGGAGAGCCGGCAGCCAACAACACCACGCGUACCAGGGCGCGCCGAGAGCCGCGGUGCGCUCGGGUACGCAGCCACAGCGCGUCACCGGCACCGGCGGCGCACGGACGAGAGCGCCCGAGGCGCCACCCGCGGGAUGCACCGACGCGGGCUGCGCCGCCCUCGCGCAACAAUUGCAGCCCACCAACGACACCCGAGACUGUCGCGGCAUCGAGUGCAGGCUGCCGCCCAGGAUACGGCCGAGCAAAGCCCGAGCGAAGCCCUGCGCCGGGGAGGGGUGUCCGGCCGGUUCCGAGGAGAGCGUCGGCGUCUCCUCCUCCGCCUCCAGCCAGCUCCCCCCGGUCCAUCUGUCCGACAGAGCCGCGCAGUUCCUGGGAGACUUCCCGGAGUUUGGAUACGCUUCGUCGGAACUUGGCGGCGCGCCGCUGGGUGUCCAGCUCACAUGCGACAUCAAGCCAGGUGAGAAUGAAGUUCCCUCAGAGGAUGCCCUCAUUCUGCACCUCCAGCUGGCCAAGGGGCAGGAGAAGCUGGUGGAGGCCCUGCGCGCCCAGCAGGUGGUCAUCCGCGACCUGCAGCAGAAGCUCGCCGACCAACAGGAGGCGCUGCUGACCCAGCAGCGCGAGAUCCUGGAGCAGCAGCGGCGCAUGUACGAGCAGAUGGACGUGGUGAAGGCGCAGUACGGCCUCCUCUCGGACACGGUCAAGCAGGUCUCCUUCCAGGGCCUGCAGGGCGAGCUGCAGAGCUACUUCGAGAGCCACCUGGCGGGUCUGCAGAGCCAGGCGCGCAGCCACCUGCAAAAGUCCUACACCGUCCACAAGAUGGACAUGGACUCCAAGGUGAUGGACGUGGUGGGGGAGGCCAGCGUCCCUCGACCUCUGCUGGGAUGCCCGUCGCCCUGCGCGUCGGAGGAGUUCUGCGACUUCCAGCGGGAGCCGCCUCAGUGCCAGAAGUGCACCAUGUGUCCACCGGGCUUCUUCCUCAUCUCACAGUGCUCUCCGGCUGCAGACCGAAUGUGCCAGGACAGGGACGAAUGUCUCGAACUGCCAAACAUUUGUGGGGAGCGAGUGAAGUGCCUGAACACGCCGGGGGGGUUCAGGUGUCUGGGAGCGUCCGGGAGGGAAGCGGCGAUGGGCAUGUGCGGCCACGACUACUUCUACAACCAGGAGCUGCGGGAGUGCCAGGCCUGUUCGGACUGCGAGGGCGAGGCCGUCGCCGUCCCCUGCACGGCCGUCGGCGACGCGGUGUGCGGCUCGCUCGCCGAGAGCCGGCUCUCCCAGUCCUGGGCGGCGACCGUGGCCGUUCCCAGGACGUCCGGCGCCCACAUCUUCCAGGGACUCCAGCUCAACAUCCGCGGGAAGGAGGGCAGCGACUUGCUGUCCAACGAGGCGGGGACGGUGACCUUCCUGCAGCACGGCCUGGUGUGGCUGGAUCACAACUUUGCCAUCAAGCACAGCUGCCGGAACUUCCUCCAGCUGGGGAUGAGGCUCAACGGCAGCCAGGAGGAGGAGGGCCGGGACCUCAGCGGCGUUCGCAUCGAACAGCCGGACGGGAAGUACUUCCAGGGCGUCAGCGUCAGCAGCGGGGUGGAGGUCGAGCCCAAUCACACCCUCAGCCUCCUGCUGAAGAGUCCGAAUCAACACUGCAACCAGAGCAAGGACCUGCACAUGUACGACGUCACCGCUCCCUCUUUGAGUUUGCUGUGGUUGUCGCACGAUACCGGCGCGGUUGCCAUGACAGCCCAGAUGUCCCUGUUGGUCCACUACCAGACCAACUACCGGCCGACCUUCCGCAUGACCUCGGUGUCCGACCCGUAUAUGAUCAGCCUGACCCACGACAGCCGCGGCGUGCGCUUCAGGGAGAGCGGCGUGGUGAAGUUCGUCCUCCAGCAGGCGCUGUACUCCAUGGGCCACACCUGCAUUCGAGAGGGCUUCUCCCUGAUCGCGUACACCAACCGCAACGGCACCGGCCAGGAGGCGAUGCAGGCCUUCAAGACGGGCGUCAACUACAGGGACACCUCCAUCACCCUCGCCGGCGCCGUGAGCGUGGACAGCGCGGACACGCUCAGCUUCGAGGUCACGUCUCCGUCCCAGUGCAACAUCCGCUACUUCGGCGACAGCACCGGGAUCAGCAUGCUGAGCCUGAUCUGGAUUCCCUCGGCGGUGUCGUCGGCCCUGACCGCGACCGUGUCCCGCACCGGUCUCCCCUUCGGCGCGGUGAGGAAUAAGCCGCUGUUGUUCCAGCAGAUGGGCUCGGACUCGCCGCAGGUCCACUUGGCCCGCGCGGGCGAGCCGAACAGCCGGAAGAACUUCGUAUUCCACGAGACGGGGACGGCGAGCGUGGCCCUCAACCUGAAGCUGAUCCACUCCUGUAAUAUAGUAAAACUCACCCUGCAGCGGGUGGCGGGUCCAGCUCAGAGCGGGCAGGCGGGUCCUGUGGCUCAGCAGGUGUCUGGAUACAUGCCCGAGGGCAGCGAGCGGGCCAGCAUCGGGCUGAGGGCCUCCUUUCAGGUGCAGAACGGCACGGCGGUGUACGUGACUCUGGACUGUAUCCGUGGACGUGUGAACCAGAUAACACACGAGGGAGGCACGAACAUUUCCAUCCUCUGGGUCGCAGUGUGAUCUGUAGAAGCCUCGCGGAGCCUGAAUGUCUGAAUGUCACCGAUACGUUUUGUGAGGUGGGGAAGAGGAAAAAAAAAAAGGACCGUUUUGCACAAUAUUGAAUUGCAGAGCAGAUUCAACAUUUUUACCAAAUCGAGGAAGAAAACCGUUUGAAGAAAAACGUAUUCUUCCAUUCUACGUAUUUUGUCAUAUUAUUGUUCACAACUUUUAUUGUGAAAUAUUUUCUGUGUAUGAUUUAAAUACCACAAGUACUGCUUUUGCUUGAAGUACUUCGGCUGGUUGAGCAGUGACCAAUUCUUCAUUGAAUGUCUAAGUGUGUGUGUGUGUGUGUGUGUGUGUGUGUGUGAAGAAACACUUUAGCAUGCCUACUUUUGCAUAUGUGUAUGAGUCUUUUGAUAUGUAUACGCUUCCAUCCCUGAAUAUAUUUAACAUGCAUACUUGUACGUAAACACAUUUUAAGUAUUAUAUCAUUAGGAGUAUUAAAAGCAGCAGUUUGGCAUUUUGGGAAAUACACUAAUUCAUUUCCUGGAGGAAAAUGAUGCCAAGUUCAGACUACAAAGUCGUUGGGUCGUCAUUUGUCAUGAAAUAACAAAACACUAAUGCAACGUAGUAAAACUUUCAGCGAGAAAGAGUUUCUGUACUUGAGGUUUUUUGAUGAUAUUUAUUUGCCUUUCAUCCAACGGGACGUUUGUAUUUACAUUGUGGACAUUACGGAGUGCGUAUAUUUGGUAUAUGAGUAGAGUGUUGAUAUACAAAUACAUGCGGUGAUAGUC